CUCUAAAAAAAACAGAGCCUCCCCCUUUUAUUUUCCUUCUCUUUUACAAUUUUCCCUUUAAAUUCAUAGCUUUCUCCCACUCCCCACUCCGAAAUCUAUCGAAUUCACUUCAAAAAGCAACGAAAUCCAACGCCUUUCAGCACUCGUUUAGGCUUUGCUCGUUGCAAAUCGAAGCGAAAAAAAUAAAAGAGCUCGCUCUCUCUGUUUUUUUUAAUUUCAAAGCCCAAGUUUUUGGGAUGGGGUCAAUGAUCAUGAAUUUUCAUCUGAUUCUUUUCAAUAUAUUCCAUUCGGUUAGCUAUUGAAUUCGUUUCCCAGAUUCUGAAUUUGGGUCUCUCUGUUUUUUUUAAUCUUCUGAGUUCUGACCACAUUUGAAUUUGGGAUACCUUUCAUUUUGAACCUUUCCAUCUAUUGUUAUUUUUAUUAUUUCGGCUUUGGGUUUUUGUUGAAGUUUUUGAAUUAGAGAGAGCGAGCGAUUCUCCAGUGGUUUAUUGAAGUAUUUAUCAAUGGCUGCUGCAAAUUAUAGUGGCGAAUCCAAGAAGGGUAUUAGUGAUGGAACAGAGAAGAUGGGUAGCGGGCAAGAUUGGCAGAUUGAUAAGGGGAACGAGCUUGAUUUUGGGUUCGAAAAACGGCAAUGGAAGCCAGUUUUUGGUGAAGCUUCCAUGUCACAAAGGCCUCACAAGAAGAUUCGCAGUCCUCAACGACGUCAGGAACCUGUUCGAUCAUUUGCUUCAAUGGCGGACCAAUCGUCUUCUAGUUCACCUUCUCUAACGCUUUCUUUACCUUCGCCUUCUUCUUCUUCGACGAAUGCUUCUUUGGCAUCUUCGAAACUGGUUUUCCCUUUCGCUUUCGAUGCAUCCCAGCAGCCGGUUUACUUACCUCAGCCAAUGCCCCGCCCGUCGCUGCAAAAUCAGCAACAGAUUAUCUCGUUUAGUCCUCAGCAGCAGCAGCAACAUGGGUUCGUUUAUCGACCGUUUUUUGCCGGAGAAUCGUCACCGGUACCGCCUCCGCAGUUGCUGCCGCAGCAGCAGCAGCUUCUUCAAUAUUGGAGUGAUACAUUGAGUCCAAGAAGGAGGAUGACGAUGAUGAGCCGCUUGGGACAAGACUCUCAACAAUUGUAUAGGCCGCCAUUGCAGCCUAUAAACACAACAAAGCUUUACCGUGGCGUAAGGCAGAGGCAUUGGGGCAAAUGGGUAGCUGAAAUCCGUCUUCCUCGAAACCGAACUCGCCUUUGGCUAGGCACGUUCGACACUGCGGAAGACGCCGCAUUAGCCUACGAUCAUGAGGCGUUCAAGUUGAGAGGAGAGAAUGCAAGGCUCAAUUUCCCUGAGCUUUUCCUUAACAAAGAUAAAGAUAAUUCACCCGGGCCAAGUUCAGCAGUUUCCUUGAACCAGAAUCUCCCACAACAAGAACCGAAAGGGCCUAAUUCUCCGUCAGCCGAAGUCGAAAUGGUGCCACCACCGGCUCAGUCUCAAGUCGAUAACCCCAACAGUGAUUCGGGGCUCAGAUCCAGAGAGGCUACAGCCAGUGACGAUGUACAGAUGGCAGCCGAGGGCUCGGGUUCGGGCGAAGGCGGUGGUUCGGGUCCUCAGGAACUAGUGUGGGGAGAUAUGUCGAUGGCCGAAGCUUGGUUCAGUGCAAUCCCAGCAGGCUGGGGUCCAGGGAGUCCAGUCUGGGAUGAUUUAGACACCACAAACAAUCUCAUUUUGCCUCCAAAUCUCUCUUUCCACAGCCAAAAUCAACAACAAGAAUUUGGUGACACUUCUUCUUCCACUUCUUGUCCAAUGAAACCCUUCUUUUGGAAAGAUCAAGAUUCUUAAAAA